AUGGCCUACCGCGCCUCAUCCAACGUGGCGCACCGCGCGAGCGACCAAGCCGCACCACCAGCACCGGCCAACCCCAUCGAAUACGAAAACAGCGUCUACCGCCGCGGCCUGGAAUUCUCCCGCCCGCCCUUCUCCUUCAAGCCCUCCAGCUGGGAGCCCGCGGCGCAAGAGCGCAUGUCCGCCGAAGCUACGGGUUACGUGGUCGGCAACGCCGGGACCGGGGAGACCAACCGCAAGAACCGCGAGGCGUUUGCGAAAUGGUCCAUCGUGCCAGCUCGGCUGGUCAGGACGCGGGGAUUGCCGGAGCUGGCGACCACGGUGUUGGGCGUGAGGGUGCCGUUCCCCAUUGCGGUGGCGCCGGUGGGCGUGCAGCGCAUCUUCAACCCCGAGGGGGAGCUGGCGAGCGCGCGGGCGGCCAAGAAGGAGAAUGUGCCGUAUGUGAUGAGCACGGCAAGUAGUACGAGCAUUGAGGAUGUGGCGGAGGCGAAUGGUGAUGGAGGGACGCGCUGGUUUCAGCUGUAUUGGCCGGCGGAGAAGGACAACGAGAUCACGGCGUCGAUACUCGGUCGGGCGAAGAAGGCUGGGUUUUCGGCACUGUUUGUUACGCUGGAUACGUAUAUUCUGGGCUGGCGGCCUUCGGACAUGGAUAACGGAUACAACCCCUUCCUCCGCUCCGACAACAUCGGCGUGGCCAUUGGCUUCUCGGACCCGGUGUUUCGGGCGCGCUUCAAAGCCACGCACGGCGUCGAGAUCGAGGACGACAUGCACCGCGCCGCCGCCGAGUGGACGCGCACCGUCUUCCCCACCUACAGCCACGGCUGGGACGAUCUCAAAUUCCUGCAAGAACACUGGGACGGGCCCAUCGUCCUGAAAGGCAUCCAGAGCGUGGCGGACGCGCGCCGCUGCGUCGACGCCGGCGUCCAGGGCAUCGUCGUCAGCAACCACGGCGGCAGGCAGGUCGAUGGCGGCGUGGCUUCGCUAAGGUGCCUGCCGGGCAUCGUCGAUGCCGUUGGCGAUAAACUCGACAUCUUCUUUGACUCGGGGGUGCGGUGCGGUGCCGAUAUCGCCAAGGCGAUGGCGCUGGGCGCGAAGAUGUGCUUGGUGGGGAGGCCCUAUGUGUACGGACUGGCGCUGGGUGGCGAGGGCGGCGUGCAGCACGUGCUGAAGAGUUUGCUGGGCGAUUUGGAGUUGACGCUGCAUUUGGCGGGGAUCCAGAGCGCGGCGCCGGAGCAUCUGAAUCGGGAGGUGUUGGUGCGUGAGGAUGAGCUUUAG